AUGGACCAACAAGGACUCGAUUCAGGCCCCCGCUAUUUCAGCGUGUGGGACUACGUCGUCUUCGGAGCGAUGCUUUUCGUGUCCGCGUCCAUCGGUGUGUACUCUGCUUGCUCCGGCGGGAAGCAAAAGACGGCCGACGAAUUCCUAGUGGGUAAUCGAAAAAUGGGUAUUUUCCCUGUUGCGAUGUCCCUGGCGGUGAGCUAUAUAUCUGCAAUAGCUGUAAUAUCAAUGCCUGGUGAGAUCUACGUAUAUGGGACUAUGUUUUCCUGGAUGAUGGUGACAGGUGCCCUAGGAGAUGUCUUGUUUUGUCGCCUUUUCCUACCCAUUUUCCUUAGAAUAAACGUCAUUAGUAUUUAUGAGUUUUUUGAAAUGCGUUUCAACAAAGCUUUACGACUGAUAACAAACAUAGCUUUUUCAUCUUUUACGCUGUUCUAUUUGGGAUCUGUGGUCUACACACCUGCGAUAGUGUUGAAUGCAGUUACUGGGUUUGAUCUGUGGACAUGUAUUCUGUUGACUGGAGUAGUGUGUAUAUUUUAUACAUCAGUGGGUGGUUUGAAGGCAGUUGUGUGGACAGACACCGUCCAAGGAAUCAUCAUGAUCGUCGGUGUCGUCGCCCUGAUCAUCAAAGGCACCAUGGUGGUCGGCGGUCUCGACAAAGUUUGGCAAAUUGCUGAACAGGGCGAUCGGAUCCAGUUUCUCGAGGGGAACCCAGAUCCGAGGAUCCUAUAUACACUGUGGACUAUGUUAAUAGGAAGUACUAUUAACGGGGCAAGACCAAACCAAGUAGAGGUUCAACGCCUUAUUGCCUGUGGAACCAAGACCAGGGCCAUACAGGCCUUGUUCCUCGCGGUCCUCUUCAAGGGGAUAAUAUUUGCUUUGUGCAUACUCUCUGGAUUGGUAAUGUACGCCUACUACGUAAACUGUGACCCAUGGAAAUCGAAGGUCGUCUCGUCACGUGACCAGAUAAUGCCUCUCUUUGUGAUGGAGUUGUUUGCCAAGUUACCCGGAAUGCCUGGUGUAUUUUUAUCAUCAGUUGUCAGUGCUUCUCUGAGCACGCUAUCGUCUGGAGUAAAUGCACUGGCAGCUGUCACGGCAGAAGAUGGCGUGAAAGCAAUAUGGCCGAAUAUUAGUGAGCGAAACUACGCCAGAGUCGCCAAGAUAUUAGCUCUUGUGUACGGCAUAUUGGCAAUUGGCUUUUCUUUUUGUAUUAGUUUCAUGCAGUCCGGAAUCUUACAGGUAUGCAGACAUAUUGUCGGGGUGAUCUCUGGCGGGUUUCUUGGUAUCUUUAUCUUAGCUGUAUUCGUGCAUCGUUGUAAUUCAAAGGGGGCUGUUGCUGGGUUCGUAGCCAGUUUCAUUGUCAUGGUUUGGAUCAAGGUAGGAUCAAUCAUAUACCCCUCAUCAAGGGGCCAACUGCCUUUAUCGGUUGAAGGUUGUCCAGUACCCAAUGGCACAUACACGACCUACACCAGCCCAACCACAGAAUGGACUACGGCAACACUCCCAGGCUCAACCCAGGAACCAAUUUCGGAGGAAUUGCCAGCAAUUACCAACUUGUAUCAUAUUUCAUUCCUUUACUAUGGACUCAUCGGAACCAUAGUGUGUAUCAUCACAGCAAUGAUUGUCAGUUAUCUAACAGGUUUCCAAGACCCCGAGUUGAUUGAUAAUCGCCUGAAGAAUCACUUGACAGACGCCCUCUUCUGUUGUUUCCCCGGAAGUCUCAAACGGCGCAUGCGCUGUGGAUUUGACAAGAUCAGCUAUGGAGAGGAUGAUAAAUUACCAGUCGUUCAGGAAGAAAUGACAGAGGUCUACACCAAGAAAGAUGAGUUGGAUCAUAUUGAUGAUCACGACAACGAAUCCAUUAAUCAUAUUAAUGGGCAUGCAAGACCAACCACAAAUACAAUGGAUGCCAUCUAGAAAUGGGAAAACAUAGCCCAAUGAUAUGAGUGUAGCAUUCAUUAAAGAAGUAUCGUUACUAACGACCUCACAGUGAUUUCACACGACCUGCCUUACCCGGCAAUCAUUGGGGA